AUGCAUACACACGGUAACUUGACUGCUAGUUAUCUUUGGCAACCGGGUGAAUUUGCUCGCCGGAUGCUCGGAGAACGUCCAUCUCCAGUACCGCCCACAAGGGACCUCUGGCCUCCACCUCAACAGCCGCUAAGCAUAAGUACCCUUCAAAUCUCAUAUUUACAAGAUGAACCGGAAAUUAGGCGUUCAGCAACGCUCCCUGCUCAAUCAGGUUAUGCAACUAAAGAAGACGAUCGACACAGACCACAGAUGUGUACUAUCGGCACGAACACCGAUCCGCCACCAAAUAUGCUUGAAAGGUUGAGAAUUUUAUUUAAACGUCAAGAGAACGAGACAAUUAACCAUCAUCGUGCCGGACAAUUUACUAUAGCUCCCAGAGAAACAUCUUUUGAGGUAAAAGAAGAAAGCUCAGCUUCUAAAAAACUUAGCAGGAUAAAAAAGGCACUUGCCAAUGCUAAAUACAAAAUUGCACCUCGUAGUGAGACUAUCGAGAGUCCUAAAAUAGUGUACGACACGUCCAAGCCUGGUGAUAGGAUGAAGACAACUUUUGGUGUUCGCGACAAUCGAAGAAUAUGCAAAAUGCCUUCGCGAAGUGAAUGUCUUCGAAGACUUCGUACUGUGAGCGAUUGGUGUCGUCCACGAUCACGUCGACCUCCUCGACGACAACCCCCAGUACCACGCUUACAAAUCACUCAGGUGUGA